UUGAAGUCUCCUGGAGCGCUGCGGCCCCGACCUGCGCAGGAUGGACCCUGUUGUUCUCAGUUACAUGGACAGUUUGCUGAGGCAAUCGGACGUUGUCUUGCUGGAGCCCCCGAACUGGCUUAACGAUCACAUCAUCGGGUUUGCCUUCGAGUACUUCGCCAACCACCAGUUCCGAGAAUUUAGCGAUCAGGUUUGUUUUAUCAGCCCUGAAGUGGCUCAGUUCAUUAAAUGUGCCCUUAGCCAGGAAGAAAUAGCCAUAUUCCUUCAACCGCUGGACCUUCUCCACAAGAAGCUGGUGUUCUUGCCUAUCAAUGAUAACUCCAACCAGGUCGCUGGGGGCACCCACUGGAGCUUACUGGUUUAUUUCAGGGACAAAAAGUGCUUCGCCCAUUACGAUUCCCACAGUAAAUGCAACUCUGUCCACGCCAAGCAAGUGGCGGGGAAGCUAGAGGCCUUCUUAGGCAAAAGAGGAGGCAAAGCAACCUUCGUGGAGGAGAAGGCGCCUGCCCAGCAGAACAGCUAUGACUGUGGGAUGUACGUGAUCUGCAACGCAGAGGCUCUGUGUCAGGGAUACUUCAGGGGCCAGCCAGAGCCUUUGCUGCAGCUCCUCACCCCCCCCUACAUCACGCAGAAGAGAUCAGAGUGGAAAGCUCUUGUUAUGAAACUGGCACAGAAGUGA